AUGUUGUUCAUCAACGUACUCCUCGUCUUUCUUGCCAUACUCCAUGCCGAAGCAUCACCUUCCCUUCCCGACCUCGCUACCACGUUCUCCCAGAUCUCCUCCUACCUCGACAACGCCCACGUUUCCAACUGCUCUGUCGCCAAAACCGAGCUUCCACUUCAUGCAUUGCUCCCUGGCCCCAAUCCAAACCUCCGUCUCAAAUACGUCACGGUGGGCCGAGGAACUCAAAACUACACUUGCCAGGAAGACUCCAACACUACAGCGCCCCAGGCAGUGGGUGCCGUUGCAACGCUGCUCGAUGUUUCCUGCCUCGCUGCGUACAAUCCAGCACUUCUCCAUAACUUCACCCCUGUCGUGAGAGCAGUGGAUUCUGAGACACUUCCAUUCCUUGCCCUGCUUAGCAGUCAGCUCUCCUCGCCAGCUACAAAGUUCAUCGUGGGAAAACAUGAGUUUAAUGCUGCUGGUCAGCCAGUUUUCGAUCUGCGACUUGCUGGUGGGAGUGACUGGAUGGCAACCAAAAGGAAUGCGAGUAGUGCAGCACCCGAUGAUAACACUGUAAACGUGCCUUGGUUGAAGCUCACCUCUGUGAAUGGAACUGGUGUCACGGAGGUCUACCGCCUGUAUACUGUUGGAGGACAGCCUCCGACUAACUGUCAAAAGCGUAAGGGUACGUUCCAGGUGGAAUAUUCGGCCGAGUAUUGGUUCUACGGUUGA